AAUUGUUGUCAAUUUUCCAGAUAUAUAUAUUUUUUGAAAUAUGAAUGAGGAUGUAUCAACAGUGUCUCGUGUUCUCCGCGGGAAAACCAGCAUUGUUUGGCGUGAUUUGACGCGAUGUUUGGAGUCGCACUCCGAAAAGUGCGAAAUGACUCGAACGGCUUUACUCCGCAACGCUCGCAUUCCCGGUGAACUGGAGCUCUUCAGCUUUGUUGAGCAGGCCUUGCAACAACACGGAGCUGUGAGGAAAAGCUCGUUUCGUCACGUUUAUUCGGAAAUUUUGAAGAAGAAGUUGAAAAUGAAUGCUGCUAGCAAGUUUUUGUUGUGGAGCAUUUAUCGACACUUGGAAUGUCUCCGAAAGGUGUCUCAAGAAUCGAUGGGGUUUGCUUCGUUUGCAAGCGAUGUCGUUGUUCCUGUUGAUAACAGCGUCCAUCCUGAAGUUGAUGAACCUUGUGAAACGUGCGCUUCGGUCCAGCGAAAGGAAAUCGUGCACAAAAUCCUCGCCGUGAAAGCGUUGAUUUCUGUGUUGAAUCGCUCAAACAUGCACACGGUCUACGCCGAAAUAAUUUCGCUGGCGAAAGAACUUUCUUUCGAAGUACAAAUGAGUUCGCUGUCUGCGAAAACUUCCUCUAGUAAACUUUCGGAUUACCUGAACGAUUUAAUGAUGGAAUCAUUGGCGGCCUCUAGUCUCAAGCAAACGCUGAAAGCCGACGUGGAAUCUUUCGCGGGAGCAGUUAACCAACGUGUGGUUUAUGACAAAGAGGUGGAAAAGACCAUCAACUCGCCUCUGAAACGAGUAGCGUCAUUAAUUCAUAAGUACAAAGCAGCGGAUGCCGAGUUGAAAAUGUUUUUAAGCCCCGAAGCCAUGUCGACGCGGUUUGUGAUGUCGAGUGUCGCGGAAACACCGAACGUGUCGCCGCUUGAACCAGUGAAGUGUGUGUCGGAAGUGAGUUUGAAAUCGCUUCCGAAAAUCGGUUCUUCCGCGGAUGUGAUAGCCCGAUUGCGGCGCUUGAAAAGUGCUCAAGAAAACCCGUGUUUGAAUGUGCUUGUGGGCAGAAUAACGCGUGAUGGCAAAAGCCUGGUGGAGUUUAUCAAAGCCAAACAGCUCAAAGUGGAUGAAGAAAAGGUUCGCCAGUGGCGCCGCGUGGGAAACAACAGUGUCAAAUUGGAAGACAGUCUCGUCAAACUCAGCAGUGGUUUAUCUGAGCGAAUCGAUGGUUGUUGA